AUUGUCCGCAGUCACGCAGCCGGAGAAUUCGGCUCGCUGAGCUACAUGGAACGUGACGCGGAAAUCGAUGAAGUGGCCUCUUCCGUUACUGUCGAUGUAAAGACCUGACGCGUCGCUCUUCUUCCUUUGCCGCAUUGCUGCCUGACCAGACAACCUGCCAGGUACUGUCACUUCGUACCAUGUGAAGCUACCAACUGCUCUCCCUCUGUUAUCCUUUUUCUUCUCGAUACUACUUAUUGCGUUACCAGCUGGCUGAGGAGCUACAGCCGCGAUGGAGUGGUUUGGCGAGCGAGCCCGAGCGCCGUAUCAGUCGUCGGUUCAAGACAAGACUUUCACCACGUAUCCAGAUGAGUGGACAGCAUCAGACAACGAUGGGGAGCACGCAUCUGCACAAACUCAAAGUCAGCCACCACCAAAUGCUGCGCAUAAUCAGAGGCGAUACAAACCACGAACGUGUCGUAUCUGCCUGGAUGUCGUGGAACCAAAAUACCCUUCAAAUUCGAGCAAGCCGGUAUACGUGUCCGAUGACGCCGAGUUAGGAAGACUCUUGUCCCCGUGCAAGUGCAAGGGAUCGCAAAAAUACGUGCAUGAGGGAUGUCUCAACUCUUGGCGGCUAUCAAACCCCACGGCCCCAAGAAACUACUGGCAAUGCCCAACGUGCAAGUUCUCCUAUCGACUGGUGCGCCUUCAUUGGGCCUCGAUGCUAAGCAGCAAAUGGGCUCAAGCCGGGCUGACGGUGGCGAUUCUUAUUGUGAGCAUAUUCUUGCUAGGAUUCAUGGCAGACCCGCUCCUCAAUCUUUGGGUCGAUCCCGUUGGUACAAUCAGCGAAACCGUGACGAGCGUUGUGACGGAUAUCGAAGCGCUUCAAGAGCCAGACUGGGAGCCGCCAACGACUUGGUCGGAGCAUUUCAUCAAGGGUUUCUUCUCCCUUGGCCUCGUGGGCAUCUUCAAGUCCAUGCUCGCCGUUUCGCCGUGGCAUUGGUGGAACCUGCGCAACAUGACGGGACGACGCCAGGAAGGCGGAAGAGCAAGAGUUGAGAAUAUCAGCCUGCUGUUUGUCAUUAUUGGAGCCUUUACCGCUCUGAUGGGAAUCUGGAAAGGAGUGAAGAAACUCAGUGAACGAGUGUUGAAGAAUGUGAGUGAGAGAGUCUUGGAUGUCGGGACUGAUGACGAUGACGGUGACCUUGAUGAAGACGAAAGGAAGGACCAAUAAUGAAUUUUUCUGCCUCUCCUUGCGAAUCUACCGAUGCUUUUCCCUCUUCUUUUGACGAUAUCCCAACGUUUUGCACACUCUUAAGUUGUCUCGAACUCGCUCUUCCGUGUCAAGCCAACUAGUCUGCGUGCAAAUAGCGACGCUCUACUAUUGCUUUGGGCAAAGGCCGUCUUGGUUCUUUGUCCGCUGGCAUGGUAUGAGAUUUGCCGGUGCGUUUUUGCGUGCUUGAGAAGCCCCUUGGGGAUUCAAGAGACUGCAAUUCCAGCAAGUAUCUGCUCCGUACGCCCUAGUACACCUACCUUUAAGCAGCAUCAUUGGACAGCCUGGCACAUUUUACAUAGACACUUGAAUGUAUCGUUUAUAAUUCAUUGUAAUUAUUGUUCAAUUCAAUUAUCAAGUGUAUUUAGCCACCUUCUCCUGUCCUCUUGUUAAUAUUUGUAAGCAAUGAUACAGUCUAAACUCGAUGCUCAAGUGUAAUAAAGAAGU